AUGAGGUCCAACGCAACGACUUGUCGCAANGCCACUCGCUUGACUCCACCCUACAUCAGCAGCCUGGGCUCUCUUCCGAUGGCCGAAACCGGUGUGGGUGAUGCCCUGCUACCAGCAACCGCUCUUGCUGUGGCCUUGGUCGCCCUUGAUGAGGUCCAACGCAACGACUUGUCGCAAGAAGAGGAGGGGGAUCCGAAAGGGGAAGACGUGGAGAAAUGCGCUUGGGCAAAGUUGUUGGAGGAUAAAAAGGACCUCGAGGACAGCAACAGCAUAACCUCCACACAGGUUCGCCUUGACUUCCGCGUCCCCUACAGCUUCUUUCUGCGGCUCGUGGCGUUGGUGAAGAGCAAGGACUGA